AUGUCAGUAUCUAUCAUGUCAUUCCACCUAAGAACCAUUCAUUUGUCGUACACUUUUCGAAUAUUUUCUUUCUUUCAUUUGCGUGUUAUAUUCUGUCGCCUGCAUUCGAACACUUGUAUCCGGAUGGGACCUCCUCUUAUAGAUAUUUAUUCUGUAUAUUUCAGUUUCUUUUUCUUUUUUUUGUUUUCUGUACUUUUUGUACUUUUCUUUCUUUCCCUUCUCAUUUGUUCUUUCUUUCUCAUUUCUUUUCUUUCUUCUUCAUAUACAUUUUCUUUUUUUCUUUCUCAUUUCUUUUCUUUCUCUUUUUCAUUUCUCUUUCUUCUCGUUUCUUUCUUCCUCAUAUACAUUUUCUUUCUUUUCUUUUCUAUUUCUUUUCUUUCUCUUUUUCAUUUCUCUUUCUUCUCGUUUCUUUCUUCCUCAUAUACAUUUUCCUUCUUUUCUUUUUCAUUUCUUUUCUCUCUCUUUUUCAUUUCUCUUUCUUCUCGUUUCUUUCUUCCUCAUAUACAUUUUCCUUCUUUUCUUUUCAUUUCUUUUCUUUCUCUUUUUCAUUUCUCUUUCUUCUCGUUUCUUUCUUCCUCAUAUACAUUUUCCUUCUUUUCUUUUUUAUUUCUUUUCUUUCUCUUUUUUUUCUUUCUUUUCUUCUCGUUUCUUUUUUCCUUCUUUUCAUUUUCCUUCUUUUCUUUUUCUUUCUUUUUCUUUUCUUUUUCAUUUCUCUUUCUUUCGUUUUCUUUCUUCCUUCUUUUUUCAUUUUCCUUCUUUUCCCUUUCUUUAUUUUCUUUUCUUCCUCAUAAACGUUUUCUUUCUUUUCUUUUUUAUUUCUUUUCUUUCUCUUUUUCAUUUCUCUUUCUUCUCGUUUCUUUCUUCCUCAUAUACAUUUUCCUUCUUUUCUUUUUUAUUUCUUUUCUUUCUCUUUUCAUUUCUUUUUUUUUCUUUUCUUUUUCCUCCUUUUCAUUUUUCUUUCUUUUUUUUUUUUUCUUUUUUUUUUUCUUUUUUUCAUUUUUCUUUCUUUCGUUUUUUUUUCCUCCUUCAUUUUUCCUUCUUUUCUUUCUCAUUUCUUUCUUCCUCAUAAACAUUUUCUUUUCUUUUCUUUUUUUUUUUUUUUUUUUCUUUUUUCAUUUCUUUUUCUUCUCUUUCUUUCUUCCUCAUUCUUUUCUUUUCCUUCUUUUCUUUUUUUAUUUCUUUUCUUUCUUUUUCAUUUUUUCUUUUCUUUCUUUCUUUUCUUUUUCCUCCUCUUUUCAUUUUUUUUUUUUUCUUUUCAUUUCUUUCUUCCUCAUUCAAACGUUUUCUUUUUUUUUCUUUUUAUUUUUUUUCUUUCUUUUCAUUUCUCUUUUCUUCUUUUUCUUUUUCUUCCUUUUUUUCAUUUUUUCUUUUUUUUUUUUUUUCUUUUCUUUUUCUUUUUUUUUUUUCUUUCUUCUCGUUUCUUUUUUCCUCAUUUUACAUUUUUUUUUUUCUUUUCUUUUUUUUUUUUUUUUUUCUUUUUUUUCUUUCUUUCUUCUUUUCUUUUCUUUUUUAUACUCUUUUCCUUUUUUUUUUUUUUUUUAUUUCUUUUCUUUCUCUUUUUUCAUUUCUCUUUCUUCUCGUUUCUUUUCUUCCUCUUCAUUUUCUUUCUUUUUUUUUUUUUUUUCUUUUCUUUUUUUCUUUCAUUUCUCUUUCUUUUCGUUUCUUUUUCCUCAUUUCUUUUCAUUUUCUUUUUUUUUUUUUUUUUUUUUUUUUCUCUUUUUCAUUUCUUUCUUUCUUUUCUUUUUUCUUUUUUCAUAUUUUUUUUCCUUCUUUUUUUUUUUUUUUUUUUUCUUUCUCUUUUCAUUUCUCUUUCUUCUCUUUUUUUUUCUUCCUCAUAUACAUUUUUUCUUCUUUUCUUUUUUUUUUUUUUUUUUUUUUUCUUUUUUUUUUCUUUUCUUCUCAUUUCUUUUCUUUCAUUAUACAUUUUCUUUUCUUUCUUUUUUUAUUUCUUUUCUUUCUCUUUUUUUUUUCUCUUUCUUCUUCUUUCUUUCUUCCUUUUACAUUUUCCUUCUUUUUUUUUUUUUUUUUUUUUCUUUCUCUUUUUCAUUUCUCUUUCUUUCUCGUUUUCUUUUUUUUCCUCUUCACUUUUUUCUUUCUUUUUCUUUUUUUUUCUUUUUCUUUUUUUUUUUUCUCUUUCUUCUCGUUUUUUUUCCUCUUAUUUUUUUCUUCCUUCUUUUUUUUUUUUUUUCUUUUUUUUUCUCUUUUUUUUUCUCUUUCUUCUCGUUUCUUUUCUUCCUCUUUUCUUUUUCUUCUUUUCUUUCUCAUUUCUUUUUUUUCUCCUAA